AGCAGCGAACUCUCCCCCUCCCCCCACCUCCUCCCCCCAGCCUCCAGCCACGGCCGCUCCCGGAGAGGAAACUCUGGCCUCCGCUUCCGCCUCCUCCUCCGACUCGGACACCGGCCGAGCGUCCCCUCCCCCGCGGAAGAAGCUCCGAGCCUCGGAGGAGGCGGCUCUCCAGGUACUCGGCAGCAGAGGCCUCAGCGGCGGGGCGAGCAUGCAGGCCAACGGGGCGGCAGCGGGGGGCUCGGGCGGGCAGGAGCCGGGGAGCGGGUGUCCCCCCUCCCCGACCGCCCAGAACGGGGAGUCCUCCGGCGGGGAACCGGCUCACUCCAACGGGCUGCCCAGCACCGGCCCGGCCUCCUCCUCCGCCGCCACCGCCAGCAGCAGUAACGGGGCCGCCGCCAGCACCGAGCACACCGAGCAGCCGGGCCUGAAGAAGAAGAAGCGGCUGAGUCAGGCCGACGAGGACGUCAUCCGCCUGAUAGGGCAGCACCUGCACGGCCUGGGCCUCAACCAGACGGUCGAUCUCCUCAUGCAAGAAUCAGGAUGUCGGUUAGAGCACUCUUCCGCUACCAAAUUCCGCAAUCAUGUCAUGGAAGGGGAGUGGGAUAAGGCGGAGAAUGAUCUCAAUGAACUAAAGUCUUUAGUGCACUCCCCUCAUGCUGUAAUGUCAUGUCGUCCGGCCGCUGGGAGCUCAGGGAGUGAGCACUCCUCUUCCUGUCCUACGUCAGACGUCAUUCGGAGGAUGAAGUUCUUGCUGCUGCAACAGAAGUAUCUGGAGUACUUGGAGGAUGGGAAGGUUCUGGAAGCCCUGCAGGUCUUGCGCUGUGAGCUGACACCGCUGAAAUACAAUACAGAGAGAAUUCAUAUUCUCAGUGGGUAUUUAAUGUGUAGCCAUGCAGAAGACCUGCGCGCCAAGGCCGAGUGGGAAGGUAAAGGGACGGUGUCACGCUCAAAGCUGCUCGAUAAACUCCAGACAUACCUGCCACCAUCCGUGAUGCUGCCCCCCAGACGCCUGCAAACGCUGCUGCGUCAAGCGGUGGAGCUGCAGAGAGAUCGGUGCCUCUACCACAAUACAAAACUAGACAAUAGUUUGGACUCUGUCUCCCUGCUUAUUGAUCACGUCUGCAGCAGGAAGCAGUUUCCAUGCUUCACUCAGCAAGUCCUAACCGAACACUGCAACGAAGUCUGGUUCUGUAAGUUCUCCAAUGACGGCACUAAACUAGCGACGGGAUCAAAAGACACAACUGUUAUUAUUUGGCAGGUCGAUCCAGACACACACCAGCUGAAGUUACUGAAGACGUUAGAAGGCCACGCUUAUGGUGUCUCCUACCUCGCCUGGAGCCCAGAUGACAACUAUCUUGUUGCUUGCGGCCCAGACGACUGCUCAGAGCUCUGGCUGUGGAAUGUACAGUCUGGUGAAUUGAGGACAAAAAUGAGCCAGUCUCAUGAAGACAGUCUGACGAGCGUGGCCUGGAAUCCUGACGGAAAACGAUUUGUGACCGGUGGCCAGCGGGGACAGUUCUACCAAUGCGAUCUAGAUGGCAACCUACUGGACUCCUGGGAGGGUGUGAGAGUGCAGUGUCUGUGGUGCCUCACUGAUGGCAAGACUGUCCUCGCCUCGGACACCCACCAGCGGAUACGGGGCUAUAACUUCGAGGACCUAACAGACAGAAACAUAGUGCAAGAAGACCAUCCUAUUAUGUCAUUCACAAUAUCAAAAAACGGAAGACUAGCAUUGUUAAACGUAGCUACUCAGGGCGUUCAUUUAUGGGACUUGCAAGAUAGAGUUUUAGUGAGAAAGUAUCAAGGUGUGACACAGGGCUUCUACACAAUACACUCAUGCUUUGGUGGUCACAAUGAGGACUUCAUCGCUAGCGGCAGUGAAGAUCAUAAAGUAUACGUCUGGCACAAACGCAGUGAGCUGCCCAUUGCAGAGCUGACUGGACACACACGCACAGUGAACUGUGUGAGUUGGAACCCGCAGAUUCCCUCUCUGAUGGCCAGUGCUUCUGACGACGGUACUGUUAGGAUAUGGGGACCAGCACCUUACAUAGAAAACCAGGAGUUUGAAGAGGAAUGCAAUAGCAUGGACAGUUGAUGGUGAAUGUGCUGAAGACGACUUCUCUAACUUACAAUUAGUCGUAUUUUUAAAUGGCUUGGGAUUGGUGCAAACAAAACAAAAAAAAAAAAGAGAGAGAGAGAUGGAAAGCGGGACAGACGCUUCUCAUGAGAAGUUUAAAAACAAACCUACAAGUCUGGUGCCCCCACUGCAAGGGGCGAUCAUUUUACCACCCUGCUUCAUAGUACCCAGCUCCGAUGAAGCACGUCGUUAGAUUGUUAUUGGACACCGUGUUACCCCUUCCCCCCCCCCCCCCCCCCCCCCCCCCCCCAUCGGUUGUGAAGAACUCUCUCCAUCGAACUUGAUAUAUUUUCCCUCCUGCCUUUUUGUCCGGCAGCCUACCAUCCUUGUUGCUCUUCUGUGUAAUGAAGUUUAAAUGCUUGUUUGGAAAAAAAAUAAUAAUUAUUUAACAGUUUAGGAGGCUUGAUAGAUUGCUUUAGUGUGAGUAUCCAUCUAAUAGGAAAGUAUUUUUCUCCUCGUUUCAUGAAUUCUCUUCCGCCUUAUUUAGCUUGAGAUCUUUCCAGCUUGGUUCAUGGAUAGUAGCCUUACAUUUUUAUUUUUCAUUUGUUUUUGUUUUUUUAACCCACGGAGAAAACAGCAGAUUGGGUUCCAAAACAGUAUACGAUGUGAAGUCAAUUGGAAAAACAUCACAUUUGACGAUAAUUUCAACGUAAAAAAAAAAAAAUCUGUAUAGGUUUUGUACUUUUCAAGAUAAAGCAUACGUGUGUUACACCCCUGUAACGGGUUAGCAGCACAAUUUUUUUUUUUUUUUUUUAAAUAAAUUAUUUAUAGGACUAUAUUGACUUCAUUUGUAUAAGGUUCAAAUUUAAACCAGCUAUUGUAUCUACCAUUUAGCUGCAGAGUGGCGUCUGUCGUCUGUACGGCUCGCAUUGCGCAGACCAGUACGCUGAGAGGGGGGGGGAUGGCGGCAAUUUUCUUCCUAGUCUCUUAUUGUAUUGCUGUCCUAGACGUCCAUUUAUUUUGCUGCGGAGAACGGAGUCUAAGUAAGGUCUCGAACAAAUCUGAGGCACAAACCUCGUUGCUGGGAAUGCGGGAAGUGCUGACGUUUUUGAGAACACACUAUUGGGUCACCCUCUAUUUCAGCCAUUGUGGUGUUGGUUUUUAUUUUGGCCAUCGAGCACAUACGUACGUUGGCAGUUGUGGCUCCCCCUGCUUCAGAUAAUUGCACUGCCCCUGCCUGGUCAGAGUCUAUAUAUACUGCGAAGCCGUUUAAUGUACCCACACGUGUGUUCAUGGUGGUCAAACAGGGAAAAGCUAAGGUCUGCUUUGGCCAGAUAGACUGCGUUCUGAAUAUUCGGUUUUGUUCUACAGUAGCUUGUUUGUUUACGUGGGUGGUGUUGGGAGCGGGAGCUUUGUUUUCCUCUCUCUUCCCUCCAUCCACAUUGUACCAUAUAGUAUCAAUACAUAUAAUUUAACUGACUGUGGGGGAAAAAUUUUGGAACCGGCGUUUUCGUUUUGCCAUUACCAUAAUACCAUUUUUCUACCCUAUAAAUCACAUUGCGGCUGCUACCACCGUCCGUUCAUGUUUACGCUCAACAAAUCCCCAAAUACACGGCUUUAUUAUACCGAUCUUAUAAUUACGUAGUUCCGCCACCUGUACACACGGUGUAGGCAGUUCCAAUACUAAGCCGUGCGGUUUGUUAGAAACCAGUGAACUCGCGGGAGGCACCUGGUGCCAGGUUUUUGCAAAUCUAUUGACUGAACGAAUACUCUGCCAACAAAGUGGCCGCCUCCAAAAAGUAUAGGUUACAGCUCUGCUGUAAUGUAGCACAGAUGGCUUCUUUCCGCUUGCUCCAAAAAAGAUUAGCACAGAGAUUUUAGGAUCGGAGCACCCAACACAAGUCCAGUUUAUAAAGGGAGAAAGAAAAACCAUUGAAAGUGUUCUGGGCUUUUUUUCCCCCCAUUUUAUUUAUUUACUAUUUCAUCAUUUAACAUUUUUUUUUUUUUUUUUUAAAUAUAUAGACCCUUCGUUUUCCAUUUCCGUCCAACUUUCAGCAGGAUCCUUGAAGGUUGAUUGAAACCUAAUUUAAAUUGAAACAUAUCGAUCAUAUAUCAAUAUGUAAGCUGAUGAUCUGUUAUUAGUUCAGCUUUGCUGAAUUUAUUGAACGUGAGGCUGUAGGCCAAACAAUGUGCUUUGAUUGAGAACUUAAUGGCACAGGCCAGAUAUUGCUGCAUAUUGUCCAGUAAGUUGUUUUCUUUUUUGUACCCUUGCAUAACGUCAUUUGUAAAACUGGAAAAAAGAAUCCAGUACCAGACCAGCAUAUAGAAUACAGAAGCCAAUAAUGCAUUUCUUUGGAUACAUUUAGCACAAAUGACCUUUUUAGACUGUUGGGGGGGUUUAUCUACUACAUUAGGAAUACUGAUUAUAUGAUAUAUUUUUUUUUUUCUAACCAAUGUCCUUAUAUAGUCUUCUGUUGUGGAGGUGAAGUACGUACCUGAACGCUCUUUGGAUGGUCUGUCAAGAGUGACACGUGGUUUGUACUGAACAUCAUAUACAAUCUAUGCAAUACAACAGGCAGCUUUACGUACCUCCCUGUCCUCAUCCUCCAGCCAGAGACAAUAUCCAAACCAUAAGGUUUGCAUAGCAAGAUGAGGCCGCUGGUGUAAAGAUCCAUGUAACGUGUUUGCUUUUUUUUGGCGGGGGGAGGGGGGGGGUAUAAAGACUUAGCCUUAAAUGUUAAACUAUUAGAUUUGUAAAGUUAUUUUAUGUUUUCUGUUGUCACCCAUCAUUAUAAACUAUCAGAUUGUGGAAAAUAUUGGCGUCUUCUCUCAGCCCUUUGCUGUGGUUUAGAAGUUCUUUUUUUAGUGGAUUCGUAUUUAAACAAUCCAGAACUUUUUAAAAAGUUCAACUAAUAGCUUCACCCAGUGGUAAGUGUAAAGUGCGCCUGUUCUGUUGAGUUUGUAGGCCUAUGAGUCAGCCAGCCUCGCAGUUACAAUUUGGAAUUCGCCUUUAAAUAACUGGCGAUUUUUGAGCUUAGUAUAUAAUAAUGCAUCUUUUUGCUCUUAAUUACCAAUUGUUGAAAAAGGCUUAUAUUUUAGACUUGUCUAAAUAUUAAUGACUUGCCCUGAAACUGGUAAUAUCUGCAGGCUAUACUCCAUUACACCAUUCCUUAUUGGUGGUACUCGCGUGUUUGAUGCAGGCACACAAUUGGGGAUCUGUAACGGAGUCUGAGUUUGCAGAGGACCGGGAUUUUGGCCGAGGUUGCCUGUAUUUUUAAAGCGGCAAUCGUUUACAAGUUGGUUUUGCCUCCUUAAAUGAUUGUCUUUAAAAAUGCAGGGAAUCCCGGACCUACGUAAUCUCUGACCCUAUUACAUUUCCCCAAUUUAUGUCUGGGGCAGGUCUUUGCCUUUAAACGUGUUACAGUGAGUAGCUUAAGCAGGCCACUUGGGCAGCAGCUGGCGUCAUCUGAUGGGAGCAUUGGAACUGUACAGUAAAAUAAAUCCAUUUUAUAGUGGACAUGGGAACAACCGGUCUAUUAGGGUCCACAAUAUGGUGGUGGUCCUAAAAUACACCCACACGUUAAUGGCCAUUGAAAUCCGGUAAUCCUUUUAUUUUUGUUUUUACACAUUAACCUUUUCGGACAGGAAAAAGGCAUUAUAGUUUGAGACUUAAUUUGCACUGAUUUAUAAAUAGUCUAUCUUGGAGUAAUGGACACAAUGUUGUGUUGCUAGCCUUCAUUUAUAUAGCCCAGUCUCUACAGUCACUUUGGGUACAAAGCUGCCAUUGUAACUUGCCAAACUUGCCCUGUUCUUUAUAUCCCAAGUAAUGUGGAUUCGCUGACCUGCCAGUCAGUAACACUACUGUGCAAUAACAAAAAAAAUUAAAGAAGCAAUCAUGGAACCACAACUACUCCUGGCGCAUUUAAUGCCACGUUUCAUGUGUCCACGGUGGCUCCACUAUAUUUUUAUAUGCCUCUAUUUACAUACAUCCAUCUUUUUAUCUCAGUGUUUAUUUUAUUUUUAAUUUUUUUUUUUUUUUUUUUUUUUUUGUUCUCUCCCUCUGGGUCAGGAUAAAUAUUCUGAAUUUCAUAUGUUUAGUAUUGAGGUCAGAUGCAGAAAAAUUGCAUCUUCAAAAUAAUAAAAAAAAUAUAUAAAAAAUAAAUAAAUAAAAAAAGGAAAAAAAUGACAGAAGGUUUUAGGGAAGGUUAGAAAGACCAUAAAGCAUUUGAGAGAACCAAGCUGUAGGGAUCAAUAAUACCUUUUUAAUUGAUCUCAAGAUUUUAAAAUUGUCAAAGAUUUGUAUGGAGUUGUGGUGGAUCUAGUUAACACUUAGAGCUUUUUGGUAUGUAAUGACUAUUUGCUAUGGACUGAUAUUAAAUGUUUAAAAAAAAAUUGCGUUAUUACAUUUUUUUGGGACUUUAUGUUCUCUUGAACUAUAUUACGCAGUUUCUUUGUAUUAUUAUCACAUUAAAAUAUAACUGAGUCUCCAAUAUUUAUUUUCACUGUUUUAUUAAUUAUUUAGGGAACACCCUUUUAUCCUUGUUUAAUAAAUAUGUAGUAUAUAUUUACUUUUUUUUUUUUUUUUUUUUUUUAACCCCAACCCCCAUCCCAGGUUCACAUACCUAUUUUAUUUUAAGAAGUUUUUUUAAUUAUUUUUUUCUUCCAUGUUAGUGCACUGCACUCAGCAAAAAUCAUUUGUAUUCCCUUUCUUUCAAGUCAAUAAACAGAAUGAAUAACUGGAUUGAAACUGUC